AUGUCGGCGCGCGCGUGCGCGGCUUUCUCUUCCGCGCUGCUCACGUCUCGCGUCAUCAUGGGGCGCGGCGGCGGCGCGCGCGCGUCGUCGUCGUCCUCCGCGCGCGCGCCGUCGCGCGCGUCGCCGUCGGCGUCUUCUUCAUCCGGAGGGCUCGGCGAGGUCGAGGGGCGGUCGCGUCCGUCGCGCGCGGCGUCCGACGAUCUGCCGCGCGCGCCGCACCCGAGCCUGACCAUCGUCCUCCCGAUGCCUCCCGCGAUCGACGGCGACGACGACGACGGCGACGUUUUCGACGACGUGCUGUUAGGCGGCGAGAUCCGCGCGGGCAUGCACUUCAACCGCGCGGCGAUGGGCCCGGUCCGCGCGUGUCGAUUCCUCGAGGACGAGCGCGCGUGGGACGGCGUCGCGCGGUUCGUUCGCGCGCUCGCGCGCGGGACGCGAUGCCUGAGCGACCUGUCGCCGGCGCCGGCGCGAGGCGCCGGCGCGACGAAUGUAACGGACGACGCUUCGCCGUUACAGCCCGCGGGCGUCUGCCGCGGCGUCGGGGUCGGCCAGGACGGCGUCCGACUCGACGCGCACCCGCCGACGCGACGCGGGAAGAAACCCAGACACACGUACAAAGCCGCGGUGGCGUACUACGGACCCGCGUUCGCGGGCUGGGCGUGGCUGCCCUCGGACGGCGCCACGGACGCGCUCUUUCGCGCGCCCGACGACGAGCGCGGCGGCGGUGCAGGCGGCGGCGGCGCGGAGUGGACGCCCGGCGCUCACUCUGUCGUCGCGACGAUGCAACGCGCGUUGAACCCGCUGUUCGCCGGGGAUAAAGAGCGCCCGAUCCAGUGCGCGGGGAGGACGGACAAGGGCGUCAGCGCGCUCGCGCAGACGGUCUCGUUCUGGACCUUGAACGACCUCGACCCCGCGGAGAUUGUCGCGGCGGUGAACGAGGGGUCGCCGGCGGGGAGGGCGGGCGCGUUGAGGGUCCCUAGCUUUCAAUCCCCGCCUUCGACGCCUUUCAACUCCGCUUCUGACGCCUUUCAACUCCACCCCGACAUUCGCUCGUAUGGAACGACCCUGAGAGUGACGAGCGCGCCGGAGAAAGUCACGGAGCGAUUCCACGCGACGUUCGCGGCGACGUGGCGACGGUACGUGUACAUCCUGCCGAUCAAUCGAAUCGAUCGAAUCGACGGGAAAACCGGCGACGGCGACGAAAGCUACGACGUCGAUCCGAGCGCGGUGGACGCGAUGUUGAGGAAGCUGAGCGGGAAAACCGUGGACGCGACCGCGUUCGCGAGGGACACGCCGCAGGGAAAGCCGUCGUCGUGCCGAGUGAAAGUCGCGCGCGCGUUUCUCUCGCGCGUCCCCUCGAGCGUCGGCGACGGCGACGAAGAGAUUCGCGACGAAGACGAAACUCCAACAAAUCCUUCAACUCAUCAGCCGGUGUGUGUCGUCGAGCUCGUCGCGGAUAGGUUCCUUCGGAAGCAGGUGCGGGUGCUGGUCGCGACGGCGGCGCGGGAGGCGAACUGCGGCGCGACGUCGGACGUUUUGCUCGCGUUGUCGAGGGCUGGGGGGAGCGCGCGGGAGCGGCGGAUGGCGACCGCGCCGCCGGCGCCCGCGGUCGGGCUCGUGUUCGCGGGCGUCGGAUACGGCGACCACCCGGAGUGGGACGCGUAGUGUAGGUGGUCGGCCUCGAAGGUGGUGCUUCUAUCGUAUCGCGCCCGCCGACUAUCGAGUCUUCGACUCGUCUAGCUAGCUAGUACCUUCGUAGAUGUUACAAAUAUAUUUUUCGCUCCGUCGUCGUCACUCCGUCGUCGGCGGCGGUUGCGGUUGCUGCUG